CUUUUGACUACCUACCUCCCACUUCGCGUCUCACAUUCUCUGACUCUCUGUAUUUGCAUUUCUUGAUUGAGCUUGGGUAUGAAGUUAGCACGUAGAAAUACGACAGUUUGAACCAAUGUCUUUCACAUCAAUGGCGACUUCAUUGACUAGUUCGACGGAGCAGCCGUUGAGUCCCAGGUCGCCGCCGCCGCCGGGGCUUCUGGAUUUCUAUGGGAAGCGCAAGCAGAUGGUUAAGAUUCAGGUCUUAGAGAGAGAGAUCGCUUUGCUUCAGGAGGAGUUAAAAUCACUUGAAGGUCUUCACCCUGCUUCUAGAUGCUGCAAAGAGCUUGAUACUUUUGUAGGGUCUGGUUCAGAUCCCUUCACAUCCACAAAUCAGACAAUCUCCAAAUCCCAUGGUUUUUGGAAGCAUACCAGGUUAAGGCUGUUGGGUCUUGUGAGUCUUCCAUGGGUUUGCUGCAGCAGAUGUUGCCUAGCUCCUCGGAGAACGUUAAAAGGUUGUUGUAGAAGUGGCGGACGUUGCUGGAAGACCAAAACUGUGCGGUGUUGUUGCAAUGUUGUGAAACCUUGUGGUAACUGUCUUGUGUGCUUUUCCUGUGAUUGUUAUGGACACAACCGUUGCCAUAGAUGCUGUCUUCAAUAAUACAAGAUAA